CAAAAUUUCCCGCAGUCGGCAGCCAUAUUUGUUUCGCAAGCCAGCCCCGGAUCACACGGUUCCUUCAAUGAUUCAUUUUCACGAACGAAUAGUGUUCACUGGUUAAAGCUUACUAUGGGUGCCUGACCUAUUUUCCACUUAUUUAUUUUGAUUGACUCAAUGAGGCAUGCCUUCGCCACUCUCAACCUUCAUCGCCGUCUCUUCACCGCAGUACACCAUGAUAGACCUGUUGGAUCUAUCUUGCGUCGUUCCAUUUCUCUGCAAGUUCACAUGGAAAUUGGAACUUCAAGGACACCGGACACUAGGCACCCGUCAUACUUGUUGCAACGAAAUGUGUUUUUUGAGGGUUUUGUCAGUGUGCAUGGGGAGAGGCCUUCUUCCGAGUAUGCAAAGUUGAGGAAAGAAUCACUGGAAAGUGAAUUUGGGCAUAUAGUUGGAACACGGCUCAAAAAGUGUCUCUGCUGUCUAUCGAUUUGGUCCAUUUUUGGCGUUGUAUAGAGCAGUGAUUGUUUCUUUUCAUGUAUUAAAGUUGACCCUUUGGCAAUUCCUUUUUAGGGACAUUAAUAAGCGUGCUUCCAAGUACAACCUUAUUGCAACUCGUACAAUUUCAGUUUCGGGAGACACUAAUUCGCUUGGGUCCUUUUUA